GCAACUUGUGUCUCUGAGAGCCCAGGCGAUAUUGUGCCCCCCCCCCCCGGCGCGCUUCACGCGCACGCUCUGAACGGGCACCGGGAAGAAACGGCGGAGUGGCGAGGCGCCAGUGAGCAGCGUGUGACACCGAACUUCGCGGCGUCUCGCGCCCCACUAUCUGCCCAUGAGCCACCGCGUGGAGGUGGGGGGAGGAGAAGACGACGACGAAAGAGAAGGCCGCCGCCGCCGCGUCGUGGGGCCUUCUCUGAGGAAGGAUUGUAGUGCGCCUGCGUCAGCAGGCCCUGCUCUGUUGCUCUGCCGUGUGGCCCGCAGGACUGUUGCCGCGCCGGCGGCAGCCAAUACUCGAAAGAAACGCCGUCCCUUGCUUAAAGACUGACGAGUAGCUGCGCGGGCGAGUCGGUGCUCAAGAGGGACUAGGAAGGCGCCCGGGUACCCACUCCUCCUCAUUGCUCCACUGUUAUCGCCACUACCACCACUUCUUCCACCAGCGGCCAUGGGUCCCACAUCCCUGCUAUGGAGACGGUACUGGCGGCGGCGGUGGUUGAGCGACUGAAGGCGGAGUGCGAUGGUCUCUAGCGAGCCGUUGUUGCUGCCUGUGUCACUGGAGGGAGAGUUCUCCAAUAGCAUGAAGGAGAUGAUCGGCGGCUGCUGCGUGUGCUCCGACGAGAGGGGCUGGGCCGAGAAUCCGCUGGUUUACUGCGACGGGCAUGGCUGCAAUGUCGCAGUGCAUCAAGCAUGCUAUGGAAUUGUACAGGUACCCACUGGACCUUGGUUUUGUAGAAAAUGUGAGUCUCAGGAAAGAGCUGCUAGAGUGAGAUGUGAAUUAUGCCCUCACAAGGAUGGUGCUCUAAAGAGGACUGAUAAUGGGGGUUGGGCUCAUGUGGUUUGUGCUCUGUACAUUCCCGAGGUGCAGUUUGCAAAUGUUUCUACAAUGGAACCUAUCGUGUUGCAGUCUGUCCCUCAUGAUCGUUAUAAUAAGACAUGCUAUAUAUGUGAUGAACAAGGCAGAGAAAGUAAAGCAGCCACUGGUGCUUGCAUGACUUGUAAUAAACAUGGAUGUCGUCAAGCUUUCCAUGUAACAUGUGCACAGUUUGCAGGGCUUUUGUGUGAAGAAGAAGGUAAUGGUGCAGAUAAUGUACAGUAUUGUGGUUACUGUAAAUACCAUUUCAGUAAGCUGAAAAAGAGCAAACGGGGAUCUAAUAGGUCAUAUGAUCAAAGUUUAAGUGAUUCUUCCUCUCACUCUCAGGAUAAGCACCAUGAAAAGGAAAAAAAAAAAUAUAAAGAAAAAGAUAAACAUAAACAAAAACACAAGAAGCAAUCAGAUUCCUCACCUUCUUUGGUUCCUUCUCUCACUGUAACAACAGAGAAAACUUACACAAGCACUACCAGCAACUCUAUGACAGGCUCAUUGAAAAGGCUGGAGGACACUGCUGCUCGCUUUACAAAUGCAAAUUUCCAGGAAGUCUCUGCACAUGCUUCAAGUGGCAAAGAUAUUUCAGAGGCCAGAGGUUCAGAGAGCAAAGGGAAGAAGUCGGCAGGUCAUAAUUCAGGUCAGAGGGGAAGAAAGGCAGGAUCUGGAAGGACUCCUGGAGCUACAGUGUCAGCAGCUUGUACUUUUCAACAAGGCAGUUUUUUGGGAACACCCAGCAGCACAAAGUCAUCAUCUGGAAGUUCAGUUCAAUCUCCCCAGGACUUUCUGAGUUUUACAGACUCAGAUCUACGUAAUGACAGCUAUACUCAUUCCCAGCAGACAUUGUCAACCAAAGAUGUACAUAAAGGAGAGAUUGGAAGCCAGGAUGGGGGUACAAAUUGUUUUACUUCCUUAAUUGGUCUCCCUUCAACUUCAACUGUUGCCUCCCAGCCUAAUAUUUUUGACAGCUCACCUGGAGAGUUGGGUAAUUCAAGCCUUGCAUCAACAGGAUACAAGCGUGUUCAAUCCUCUGCUACAGAAGAUGAGACUGUAAAGGAAAAGAAACGGAAAGGAAAUAAGCAGUGUAAACAUGGGCCUGGUAGACCCAAAGGAAAUAAAAGUCAAGAGAAUAUUUCCCACUUAUCGGUCUGUUCUGCUUCCCCAACAUCAUCUGUGGCAUCUGCUGCUGGCAGCAUAACAAGCUCUAAUUUGCAGAAAUCUCCAACAUUGCUUAGGAAUGGAAGUUUACAAAGUCUCAGUGUUGGUUCAUCUCCUGUUGGCUCAGGCAUUUAUAGCAGUAAUGAAGUAGCAGUGUCAUUUCCAAAUGCUGUGUCUGGCUCAGGAUCUAGCACUCCUGUUUCCAGUUCACAUUUACCUCAGCAAUCUUCUGGUCAUGUACAGCAAGUGGGAACUUUAUCUCCAUCUUCUACACCCUCUGUAACUACUGCUGUUGCUACAACUCAGGCAAGCACCCUACCUGGAGCUUCCCUUGGCCUGCCUCCGUCCCAUGUUUAUGGUAUUAGGCUGAACCCCACCUCAGCAAUGGCAGCACAUACAGCUCCGCCCGAAAACAGUCAGCCAGAUCAAGAUCUAGGAGACAAUAGCCGGAGCCUUGUUGGCAGAGGAGGAUCACCCAGAGGAAGUCUUUCACCACGGUCUCCUGUAAGUAGUUUACAGAUCCGUUAUGAUCAGUCAGGGAAUACCAGCGUGGAACAUUUGCCUCCAGUACCAGCUACUAUUGAACAACUUCUGGAGAGGCAGUGGAGUGAAGGGCAGCAGUUCUUGCUAGAACAGGGCACCCCUAGUGACAUUUUAGGCAUGCUGAAAUCAUUACAUCAGCUUCAAGUUGAAAACCGGCUCUUAGAAGAGCAGAUUAAGAACCUGACUGCUAAAAAAGAGCGCCUGCAGCUACUAAAUGCCCAGCUUUCGGUUCCUUUCCCAACAAUAUCAUCCAAUCCAAGUCCUUCUCAUCAGAUACAUGCAUUUUCAACACAGGCUGGUGCUAGCACUGAUUCUUUGAACAGCAGCAAAAGUCCACAUCUAGGAAGCAGUUUUCUACCUGACAACUCUCUUUCUGUAUUAAAUCAGGAGAUAAACUCCAGUGGACAAAGCACCAGUAGUUCCUCUGCUCUUUCGACUCCCCCACCUGCUGGGCAAAGUCCAGCUCAGCAAGGCACAGGAGUUGCAGGAGUUCAACAGGUCAAUGGUGUGACAGUGGGGGCACUUGCCAGUGGAAUGCAAACUGUAACAUCCACCAUUCCUGCAGUGGGUGGAAUAAUUGGAGCUCUGCCAGGUAACCAGCUGGCAAUCAAUGGAAUCGUUGGAACUUUAAAUGGGGUAAUUCAGACUCCAGCCACAAUAUCGCAGAACCCUUCUCCUCUUACUCACACAACAGUGCCACUGAAUGCAGCGCAUCCUCUGCCAACUACACUGAGUAAUAGUGCCUCUGGACUUGGAUUUCUUCCUGAACAACAGAGACAACUUUUGCUGCGUCAACAGCACCAGCAGUUUCAGCAGUUACUGAAUACUCAACAAUUCGCAUCAGAACAACAGCAAGCUCUUCUCUAUCAGUUAGUGCAGCAGCAGCAGCAGCAGCAGCAGCAUCACCAACCUGAAGUUCAGCAACUGCAGAUUCCAGGAUCAGCACAGAUUCCCAUCAAUAACUUACUGGCAGGCUCUCAGGCAUCUCCGCUGCAUACAUCUACAACUAACCCCUUCCUUACAAUUCAUGGGGAUAAUGCAACCCCCAAAGUAACUAGACUCAAUGAUAAAAGUGGACCAGUUGUACCAGAAAAGAACUGACAUUUGGAGAAGGAAAAAAGUACAAUUGCAUAUCCUGCUGUGAUAGCACUUCAUCAGGCUGCAAGCUGUAGUCUCUUUUUGCAGGUAUGACUAGAUGUAACAAGGAGAAAACUGCACAUUGGAAAAGCAAAUCUACCUGAAGAUGUGUGAGGUUUUGACCUUGUUGCUUUUUGUUGCACUGACAUGGAACUGCUUUCUUCAGAUUUCAUGGAACUUUUUUCAUACAAGAAUUGUCAGUUUUGACAAUUGCUUUGAGCUCUGCUACUGAAUUAGUAGCCCUUUAACAUAUCGCAGUGCUAAUAAACAGCCUAUCCAUUACUUGUUUGAAGAAAGCAAACAAAACUACAAGUUAAACAUCAGUGUUUUAGAAAUAAUAGUUUUUCCUAAAAGGACCAUGGUUUAAGGGUUUUUUUUUAGGAUGCACUCCUGUGGUUCCCAGAUGUUGUCUGGAUAACCAUAGGAGAGGUAGAAGUCCCAACUCCAGCCUAAGAAACAAACUCUGAAGUCAGUACUGGAGCUACUACCUUGGAAUGCCCACCCUCACAGUAGGCAGAAUUCUUUGCAAGCUAGCUUUGUUCCAAGAAGAAUUCUUUGCAAGCUAGCUUUGUUGGAAGACUGUCCCAGUUGCUGAAAUUGGACAGUGUGAAGGGUGGGGAGAGCUCUGCUAGGACACAAUGUACCCUGGCAGCAGUUCAGCCUCUCUCCUUUGCAGACAGGGGCAAAAGACUUAGAUGAUCAGCAUCAACUAAGUCUUUUGCAGGGUAGGAACAAUAUGGAGGUGACCUUCACCUCUACAUUCCACCCACCCUCAACAGGAUGCUUGUUAUCCUCUGACUUCAGAGGAUCACAGGCAGUCACAUUGGAUCACACUGUUACUUAGCCUUUUCUUAAUUUUAAUGGAUACUUUGCUUGAACUCUUAAGGGAUGACAAACGGUAGUUAAUCUUGAAUUGUAUUUUUUAAGAUUGCUUGAAAAUACUGUUCAGUUCAAAGAUUAUAUAUUUUACCAGGUGAGAAAGUAACUCAAGUUCUGGUAGUGUUUGACCUAACCCAAGUGCCUGUUGCUUACCUCUGUUGGGUUGAAAUGGCUGUAUACAGCUGGGCAUGCACUAAAGAAGUCUUUGUAAAAAAAAAAAAAAAAAAAAAGUGUUUUCAAACUUGCACCAGCAGCCUUCCCCAUUGAUCUGCCUUUAUUAGAAGUGUUUGUCACUGUAGAUAGCUCAGGCAAAUGAUUACCUGGGUUGCUUUCCACUAAUAAAUUACCAAAAAAGGAGAGAAAAAUCUCUCAUUUCUAAUAAACUAUUAACGGGUGAAAGUAAAUGUUUGAAUAUUUUCACUUUGAAUAGUUGAUUUUCAUGAUAUGACUAUGCAGUACAGCAAAGAUCAUUUGAAGUUGGGGGUUAAUAGCCACUAAUCUGAAUCUGUGUGAAUUAUUAGUGGAAAAUACUCAAGUAUAUGUAGACCUUCACUGUGUACUUAAUUGGAAGAACCUUUUGUUUCUGCAAUAUCGUUUGGUUAAACAUUGCACAGUUCUUACCUCAUUUCUGUAAAUAAGGUUUUGUGACUGUUUUGUAUUGUGGAGGAUUCAUAAAAUGUGGCUAUUCUGAUUUGUAAUAUUUCUAAAUGGUAGAUUUAAUUAAAAGGUAAAGAAUAAUUUAUUUUUAUAUGUUCAUGGGAAUUUUUUAAAAGUCUCAAAUCAUUUUUGUAGAUAAUUUACUAAGGUAAAUCAGUGUGGUUUAAUUUACUUAAGCCACUCAUUUAAUAUUCUGUAACAAUUUGUACAAAAUAUUGCUGGUUUGACUAGAUGUAAAAUUGCAAGUUUAUAUAAAGAUAUGUACAAAGUUUUGGUUAAUAAAAUUUAAUAUUGUUUAUGGUUGUAAACCUAAA